ACAAAAAAAAGGAGAGCAUAAUUGGAUUAGCAGCUGUCAAAAAUAUGGAGCAGGAUUAGGGGUAAAAGGGAGAUAUGAGGGGAGACAAAUGAAUUGGAAGUUGGAUAAAGCAGAAGUCAUUUGAAGAUAAGUUGAAAUUAAAACUAAAAUUUGAUAGUUGUAGCGGUGCAUUUAUUAAAAAUCGAUCUAAAUUUGAAUUCGCUUGCACUAAGCAACUAAAGGUAUGAUGGCAUUAUAUUGAUUAUACGAUUAUUAUUAAUGAUUAAAUUCUAAAAUAGAUCCCAAGUUAACCACGUUGAGACAGACCUCUAUAAUUCCGAUUGUGAUUCCGUUUGAUCACCAAAAUCUUUGAAGCUGCAUUGAAUGUUGCUGAAAAAGAGGUGUUUCAUUGAUCGGAGACGGAGAGAUUUGUCCUUAACAAAUCUUCAAAGAUUUUGAGGUUGGAUUUAACGUGUAGCAACAUCUCCAGAUAAUGGAUCUGGAAAUUCAUUGCAUGAUGUGUGACAGGCCGGACAAUGCCAAUGACCUUGUCCAAUGCGAUAAAUGCGACGGAUACGUGCAUUUCACAUGCGGCGAUGUUAGCGACUCGAUUGCCGAUACAAAUCGGAGUUUCACCUGCCAGAGGUGCAUCGAGAAACUGGAGGCCAUUACCGUUUCAUCACACCAGUCCAGUAGACGAUCCAGCUCGGCUACCCGCAGUAGCAUGAGCACCGCCCGUUUGACGCUGCGCUUGCAACAGCUGGAAUCAGAACGGCAAACCCGGCUGCAGGAGUUAGAAGAUGCUGAAAAGUUUCAGCGUUUACGUAGGCAGAUAGAGGCUGACUUCGAGAAGCAGAAGCUCGAAACACUCGAAGCCCAGCUUCAGGCAGAGGAGGAAAACCGUAGUGUUAGGAGCAGAGUAAGCUCCAGGAUCGACCGAGAAAACACUAGUAAGUGGAUUGGAACAACCAGGCAGUCGGUGGGCCCAGAAGCCACCUUGGCCACCGUUUCAGUAUCCAAUCCUGUUCCUGACGACGAUCAAACCCGUGACCAAGGAGAAUUCCAGCUUCAAGCGUCGGAGAGCGGUGUCAAACCUGAUAAAUCGACCCAACCAACUGGGGUUUCUACCGGAAUACCAAGUGCCGAGGACAGAGCUGUUCCACAUUGAGUCGUCGUUCAGCCAGAAGAUUUCCAGUCCCACUCUUCCGUACAGCACAACCCAGCGGUCUUCGAAACAACGUGCAACGUAGUGAUCCAGAACGAAAACCCAUCAAGGCCAGUCUCCACGGUAGCGAGCAAGCAGCUCGGAGCAACAAGUUCAUCGCAACCGCGGUGUGCAGUAGCCUAUGCCGACGUUGGACUAGAGGUAACACAAACCGUACCUUCAACAGA